UGAUCCCAAAGAAAGAGUAGGAAUUAAAUUAGACAAAAGUGAUAACCAGUGGUAGAGGCAGAGCGGAGCAUUAUGAGCAGGGACCAGGAAGCCUAAGUCCUUUUGAGGCAGCUGAGAAAUGGGGGUGAGGAGGUGGGGCAAGAGGCCAGAGGAGAGGGCUGUGGGUGGUCAGGCCAGAAAUCACAGACCCUAAAGGCAGGGCUUGUGAGUGUCCAAGCCUGAGGAACCUGGAACAGCCAGACACCCUCCCACAGUCUCCUCGUGGACAUCACUGUGAACCGGACCGGGAACAUUCCAGCCUAAUCAAAGCUCAGAUCGGCAAGUUCCAGAGGCUCUAUGCACUGAGGCCAAGGCCAAUUUCCCCCCGGGAGUUUGCCUGCUUCUUGCCCAGCCAGGCUGGAGUGGGGGCUCCCAGAUCCUCUGAGAUUCCUCCAGACCCUCAGAAGGUUGGAGGCCCGAGUUUUCCCUUUCCAGAUUCUGGGGCAACUGGGUAGGGAUGGAGGGAAGCGGGGUGGAAAUGGAGUCAGAGGCCCCACCUGUAUGUAGGAGGAGCUGGAAAAUCCUGCCUGAGGAAGAGGACUUUGGAGCGAUCAGGUUCUCAGGAGGCCCCUGCUCGGGCUGAUAUUUCUAGAAAGGGCCCAAAGGCAAGAUUUCAGCCUCAACCUGAGCGCAAGCUAGCACUGCUGCCCUCCACCAGCCCAGCCCUGGCCUCCUCUCAGGGGAGACUGGAAGGGAGGACAGACACUAGGAUAUGGAAGCAACAGCCCCCAGCCCUGGAAAUGGGGUGUUGUUUGGCCAACUGGACUGCAGUCUCUGUUUUCAGUUAAUAAUUUUUACUUCAUUGUGAAAGCUUCCAUUCUUUAAUUAACAGCAUCAUGCUUUAAAAAAAAAAAAGAUUUUUUUUUUUUUAGGUAAUCUCUGCACUCAACGUGGGGCUUGAACUCACAACCCUGAGAUCAAGAGUCACAUGCUCUACUGACUGGGCCAGCCAGGCACCCCAACAGUGUCAUGCUUUUGAGGACAGCGCUUUUCCUAGGAGGGUGGCAGGGUAUAGGGACAGUUAUCUUAAGUAUACUACCUAAUGUCACCAAUUUCUGCCUGAGAUUAAAAAGACAGAGAUGCCCCCUUCCUUCCCUCUUUAUACACUGGAGAACCUCCUCUAUCUCCUCACCCCUCCCUCAGCUCACACCUUCUCCCCUCUCUCUCCCUGGCUCCCGGAACUGGUCUGUGGCAUUGGCAAAAGUUAAAUACGGAGAAUCAGUGAGAAGGAAGACAGAGAGAUUAGGCUCCCUCAGGAGAAGGGGUCCCCAUCUCACCUCACAGGUUGGCCAGGCCCUGUGCCAAGCACCUUCCGUGAUUAUCUCUCAGAAUCCCUCUAACAACCUCAGAAGACAGGGGCCGUUUUCAUCUUCAUUUUACAGCCAGUUGUCGCUUCCUGGAGCUGUUGCCGGUCUCUCAGAUGGCCCACGGAGCUCCCUCCAGCCAGAGAACACCAGAGUACGGGACACUGAAGGACCUCCCCGUUCCAGAGGGCGCAGCAGAGAUAACGUCAAACCCAUGGAUGGAAGGAGGCUCAAUGCUGUUGUAAAGAAACUUGGUGAAAUUCCAGCAACUUCUAUCACUGGCCCCACUGCUGAGUCCUGGGACUUGAGGUCAAAUUCUAGAAAAGCGCCACAUAGGAUGUACUCCCUGGCCACGUCUCUCUGGUCCUUGGAUGCUGCCAGCAACACUCUUGGGGUUUGGACUCACAUGAGAGCACUUCUUCACCGUGGAGGUGGGGGUGGGGGUGGGGAAUGUUCUGGUUUUCUUUUGAGAGUCAGGCCCUCUCACUCCCAACCAACCCAGUAAAAUGGGAGGGGCCUUACUGAAACCUGUCUCAUCAUCUCUUCCUCCCCAGCAUAACCCCCACGCGUCCCAGCUGGCAUGAGAAACUUUCUUCCCUUUUGAGGCAGUUAUCCCUGCCUUAUACUCCCGUCUUCACCUUGCCCUGCCCUCAUUAGAAUUUCAGAGGCAUAUGCUUGCCCCCUAAGGGCCUGGAAAAUUUUCCAGCCAAAAAAGUCUUACUGUCAGAGUGUAGUUAUGGACAUGUGGUCUCUGGUCUUCCCUCAGCAUCAGUGUUCUCUGAAGUGUAGAUCUUGCCCCCUGAUGGUCCAAAUAUGAUUUGGGGGUGUGCCUGGAUGAUCUUCAUUCCUCAGAGGCCAACAGACAAUGCUGUGUUCCCCUACCAACCUUGGAAAGACACUGGAAUCACUCAGCAUUCCUUCUCAAAAUACUGUUCACACCCCUUCUUGGAUCUCUCUUUAUCUUGCCCUCUCUUUCAGCAACCCUUUCCCAAACCACUGCUGCCUCUCCUUCCUCUCCAAGUCCUUCUUUGUCUCAGUUCCCAGCACGUUUCCUUCCACCAUAUCCUUCAAACUUCAUUCUGGCCCAACUCUAUCCCUGCCCUACCUGAUGUCCAGUUGGAGUUCCCUUCCUCAGCUCUGCAUACACCCCAGGUCUGGUUGCCCCUGCCCUGCUCCCAGUAUCUUCCUGCCCACUGAUCUCUGCCCCAUGGAACCUGGGCUGAUGUUUUCAAUCUCCUCUAUUAGUACAACUCUUUCUGUCUGAAGCUAUGGUUUUUUUUUUUCUACCUUUCACAACUGUCUUUCCCCCCAUUUAUAUGUGUUCCUCUGAAAAAUAAAUGUAUGGGGGGGGUGGCGCCUGGGUGGCUCA